AUGAAAUUUUCUACUGUUGCUGCUGUUGCUGCUGCUAUCAAUAUUAUCUCAAUCAAUGGAGUGGAGGCAGCUGAAAAAUAUGGUAUCGCAGGCCCCGAGGCUAUUUUGUUAACCCAAGCGAUGAAUGCCAAGAGAGCUCGUCAUAAUCAUACAUUACCAGUGUCGUAUACCAGUACCAUAUCGGACAAAUGUGAGAGCAUUAUGAAAGAAUUGGAUUGUGCCAAUCCCAAUGUGAUUGCUCAUAAAGCUUUUGGUAGUACUGUUAGUAUCGGUUUUGAAAUCGAAGCCGCGAUUGAUGAAUGGUAUUCGGAAUUUUUCCAUUACAAUUAUGAUAAUCCAGCUGUUACUCAAGACAACUCAAAUUUCUUACAAAUGAUUUGGAAACCGGUUACAAAAAUCGGAUGUUGUAAAAAAACAUGUCCUGGGACGGGUAAAGUUAUUCUUUGUCAAUAUGAUCAAAGAGUAAAUCCUCUCAGUCUACCUAGUGGUAUCGGUGAACUUCUAUUAGAUACUGUAACCAUCACCGAAACAGUAAAUGGUUACACAACUAUUACCGAUGCUACUACUCUUACUGAUAUCCUAACUCUUGAUACUCAAACAAUUACUUUAUCAGAUGUCACGUCCAUUAUUACUACUACAUUAACCAUCGAUGAACCAGGUGAACCAACCACUACCACUGAGACUAUUACUUUAGAUGCUAAUACCGAGACUGAAACAGUUACUGACUCAGUCACUGAAACUGAAACUGUUCCAGGUAAUGAGAAUAUCAUCACUACAUUUGUAACCGAUUUCCAAACAACUACUGAGACUAUUACUGAAAAUGCCCAAACUUCGACCGAAACAGAAACAAUCACCGUAAAUGAAGAACCAAUUACCGUAACUGAAACAGUCACGGGUGAGGCCGAAACAGUUACUGAGACUGAAACCCUGUCUGCUAGUGCUGCCGAGGAUUUAACUGAAACAGUAACAUUAACCAAGACUCAAACUGACUUCACAACUGAAACAACUACUAUAACUGACACAACCACCUUAACUAAAACCCAAGUUAAGACUGAAAAUUUUGUUGCGAAAUAUUCUGCUUCACUUAGUUUAACCGAUUUCGUUUAA